GUGGUGAAAUUUUUACUGGGAAAAUGCCUCAUAUUGAUUCCAGUCAGAUUUGGGCUUUGCAAGCAGCUCCCUUCAAGGUAGAGAGAAACUUAGAAGCUUAGUAUCUACCGUGUAUCAGAAGGGACAAAAAGGUAAGUCACAACAUCUAGGUAAACAAAGCCUAGUGCAGUGUAAGCAGAGAGUCCAGGGCUGUGGUGUGUGGAAAAUGCUGGUGGGGGAAGACAAUGCAGCAGCCCGAGGCUGGACCAGCCCUCAGAGGGACAGGGGUUGCCUCAGUGCGACAACAGCCCCCCGUCUCCCUCCCUUCUUUCUCUUUCUGUGACCUGCCACAGGAUGGGCUCAGGGAGCGUGCUGAAGUUCGCCCUCUGCGAGGUGCUGCAGUUUGCAGGCCUGUGUGUGCCACUCUUAAUCGUAAUGCAGAGGUUUGCCGUCAUUGUAGCCAAGGUGAAAACAUCUGCGCAGCCCCCGGGGGAUGGCAGCACGGCCUACUGGCUAAUCGUAGCCUCCUCCAUCGCCUACGUCACCUCCACCGCCCUGUUUAUCUGGGUACCGCUUAAGUAUUUGGUCUUUGUGAAGAAGCGGUUCAUCGUUGGAAGGAAGAAGUGGAGGCCCGUGGCUCUUGUAUAUGUGAUCCUGUCCACCUUACCCAGCUUUGCAUUUCUCAUCGCCAGCUCUGAGGUUCAGAUAAACAACAACAUGAAACACGAUACAUUCACAGAGGUCCCUGUAUCCUUGGUCUUCUUUACACUAAUCUGCAUUGAUGUUGUGGAGAGGAUGCGCCACUGUCGACUGACUGGCCAGGUUAACACCGUAGAAAGAGAUGCUGAAAUUCCUUCCAAUGUGCUCACACACGUGGAGCAGAUAACACCAGUAACUCCCAUCUCCCCAGUUGUUUCGGGGCCAGCUGUACCCGGACAGAAUAUACCAGGACAAGGAGUACCGACUUCACUGCAGCCAGGUGCAACAGGCCAACUCAAUGACAGGAACCAGAAUGGAGCUCGACCAGAGACCAACGGUACAGUUCCGGGAAUGCCAACGGUCCCCGGCAGACCAUUUAAUGUUUCUGGAUUGAGCUCACAGUCAGCGAGCACUGCGGCAUAUCGUAUAUCUCCGUACACCUACACAGGCCCUCUGAGGUUCUUGUGCGUCAGUGAUGCUCGAGCGGAUGUUUUUGUGGACAGCUUUAUGUUCUGGAUGGACACAGUGGAGAUGGUGAGAGUGGCGGGGCAUCCUCUGGUGUACUACUCAGGCUGGGUGUUUCCCAUCUACAUCUUCAGCUACGUGUCUUGCCUUCGUGUGGUGGUCAUGCCCCACACGCCCCUGCUCUCCUCUCUUGGGGUGGCCCUACAGGACUUACCCUUCUUCUUUGUUCGUGUUGGUCUCAUCGCCUUUUUUGGCUUUGUCACUCCCAUCCUCUAUCUGAUGAAGAACCUGCUGGUCUGUCUGGCCUUUGUCUAUUUCAACUUCAUGACCAAACUGAGGGUCUUCAACACGGAGAGAAUGUUCUUUUGAGACCAAACAAAACAACACACAAGGAGUUGGUGACACACUGGAAAUGCAGGUAUCAGCUCAUUAUGAGUCUGGACCUAGGAAUGAAAUGCUCAUAAAUGAGUUACUGCAAAAGUUUUGGUAAUAAAUAUUUACAUUUGA